GUGAGAUCCUGAUCCCGUUUCCCGGUGGGAUCCCCUUAUCCGAUGGGGUCCCGUUUGCCGUAGGAUCCCAAUUUGAUGGGAUUCGUCACUCGAUGGGAUUGUGUUACUGGUGGGUUUCAGGUAAGGCUUUUGUUCCCGGUACCGGUAGGAUAAUAAAGGGUCUGUUUAAAGAAUAUACCCAUGAAAGUAUAGAACUAAACUAACAUUCAAGAAGCUUUUUAGAUGCCAUUAUAGUAGAGCAAUAUAGAACUUUCUAGAGUAACAUAAUUAAAUAUUAAUGAAUGGAGGCCCACUAGAGUCUAGAGUUUACAACUCCUUUUUAUUAUCAACCUAAAAAAAAUUAUAAGAAUCCCAUCUACAUGCACAGGAGCCAAAAUGAUCAAUAAAUUGAUCGUGUGCCCUUAAGAUAUAGAAGAAGAAGAAGGUGGCGUCAAAAUUCAGAGCUGCCUGGUUCGUAAAAAAUGCAAAGGUCAGACCUGUUGACACUGAAUAAUUAAUUAUAAUGCAUCCAUUUAUUUAGGCCCAGUAGGUUACUUAUCUAUUUUUAGUGUACAGAGCAUGAUCAAAAUCCCAGAGUAAUAUUACAUUUUCGCAAUUUUCAUUGAUUCUCGGAAGUUGUUGUCAUCAUGGUCGACGAAGCAACAAAAAGUACUUUGGCUAAAAUUCCUUUGUUGAAAACCAAGGCUGGACCCCGAGAUGGAGAUUUAUGGAUACCCAGACUAAAAGAAGAAUAUCAAGCAUUGAUACAGGUUAGGCCUAUUUGUUUCAUCGUUACUUAAAAUUGAUUCGAAAAAGGUAUCGCGCCUCGAAAGCUUAGUUUAGACAGUUUUACCGUUAACUAGUUUAACAUUUUUUAAUCAAUCAUAAUAUAUCAUAUGGUUGGGUGCCAGAUGGCAGAUGGUCAUGUUCUGAUAGAACAUAUGGAGGAACAAUGAUCAGUAAAUUGAUCGUGGGCCCUAAAGAUAUAGAAGAAGAAGAACAUGAUGAUAAGAAAAAAAUAUUAAAAAAUCAGCAUCAUCAUAAUAUUAAUAUUAAUAGUUAAUAGUAAUGGUAUUAAUAGGCCUAGCCAUUUGUCUUGUACUUUUAUAGUAUAAUAAGUAACUAUAGUAUAGUAUGAAAAGCAGAAUUUGUAGUAAAGAAUUUCACUUAAUAACACUAAAUUACAGACGUUUAAACAUUAUUUUAAAAAAAAAUUGUAAUUAUUUUAUUUUAAAUUACUAUCAGUACUUUAGGUAUGCGCGGUCCGAAGAAUGGCCUCUGAUCAAGUUACAGGACGCCUAGUAGUAGGAGAAUCGGAAUGUAGUUACAAUGACAGUCGUGAGAAUUUAUGGCUAAAUGUGAACACGGGAAGUGGGCGUGGGAUGUAGCGGAAAAAAAAAAGGUUGACCGCGGGGUGGGGGUAUCUUAGUAAAUGCUCUAGGGCAACGAUUCUUAACCCUUUUUUGCAGCGUUGCGGCACCACUCCGUUUUAAACAUCCCUCCCCCCAAACGUAUAAAUUACAUUGUAUUAAAAUCUUUAUCAACAUUUUAGAAUGGAUUUGUGUAUAGAGGAGAGCGAUUUUGAAAGUCAUCCUGGGCAGCAUUUUAUAAUAAUAAUAAUAAGAGGUCUUAUAUAGCGCGGUACCCCAGCCUAGGGCUGGGCUGACCGAGCUGUACAUAAAAAUUUUAUCAAAAGAGACAUAAUCAUGACAUUAAAAUAAAAUACAUUUAUGAAAUAAAGAACAGCAAUGUAUAUUCACCCACCCCACCACAUAACUUUUACAAGGCAAACCAUGGACGGCAGCCAGCAAGAUCGUUUAUCGGUCAGAGGUGGUCAGAGUUAAUAUCAGUAUAAGUAAUAAGUAAGCCACUAAAUAACAUGCAAGGUCUGAAAAGUUAUAUCAUGUGUGUUGGGUAUUUUGGGUUAAAAAAAAGACUAAUCAUAUUUUGUCAUAUUUCUCACUUGAAUCUACAUUCUAAGAAAUAUUUAUUUAUUUAUUUAGGCAUUUUUAUAUAGCGCUUACCUUAAAGCUCUAAGCGCUUUACAAUUAUUAAAAACAUGUAAACUAACUAAAAUAAAAAUGAGACAUUACGAUUUUUGUCCAAAAGCUCAGAACAGCCUGGUCAUAAAAAGAUUAUUGACUAUUAACUCAAGCAUAUUACUUAUUGCUUCUCAUAGUAAAGGAAGUGGGAGGUGGAUGGGGGUAUAGAUUUUAGGCCUCAAUUUUUCAUGUGGAUUUACUCAUGAAAAACACAUUGUGCAUUGUAGCUUAGGCCUAUAUGAAAUAUGGAAAUUCAUGCCAACACAUUUACAACGUGUCCUAAACUAUCUAACAUAGAAAACUCACAAGACAUUAUGUAUUAAGAAAAAUUAUGAUUGAAACAAGGAUAGAAUAUUCAAAUGGCCAGGACAAUAGUGUUAGACCGGAAUAUUUCUGGUCUGAAAAUUUCCCCUCAAACUUGAAUAUUUCCCGUCAAACCAGAAUAAUCCCUGUCAAAGUGGGAUGUAUGGUAACUCUAAAUAUAGCCUUUGAGUGUUAGAUAGGCCUAUAUGACUCAUCCAGUGCAUCAGUGCUGUUAGAUAGGCCUAUAUGACUCAUCCAGUGCAUCAGUGCUGUUAGAUAGGCCUAUAUGACUCAUCCAGUGCAUCAGUGCUGUUAGAUAGGCCUAUAUGACUCAUCCAGUGCAUCAGUGCUGUUAGAUAGGCCUAUAUGACUCAUCCAGUGCAUCAGUGCUGUUAGAUAGGCCUAUAUGACUCAUCCAGUGCAUCAGUGCUGUUAGAUAGGCCUAUAUGACUCAUCCAAUGCAGCAGUGCAAGAUGUAGAGUGGGAGGCCUAAACUUAUUAUCUUUGUUUAAUUUUAAAUUAGCCAUAAGAAGAAUUAUUUAUUUUAUAAUAACUAAACAAGUUUUUUGCUAAAAAUAAAAUGACUUAUAUUAUACCCCUAUGGCUACAGAGUUAAAUAUAAUGUUUAAAAUGAUAUAACUUAAAACUUACUCUAAUAAUGUAACCUUUUAAUUUUUUCUUCAGUAUGUCCAAAAUAAUAAAGAAAGUGACAAUGAUUGGUUCAGGCUGGAGUCAAAUAAAGAAGGCACACGAUGGUUUGGAAAAUGCUGGUACAUUCAUGAACUACUCAAAUAUGAGUUUGAUGUUGAAUUUGAUGUAGGUUUAUUUAUGAGACUUGAGUUAUAGCUUCACCAUUUUUUAAUGUCUCCUAAAUUAAAUAUUCUUAUUGGUGAUCUUAUUUGUGAUUUUGAAAUAAAAAUGUGAAAUGUUACGAUCAGCUGAGAUUAAUUACAUAUAUUUCAGAUUCCUGUGACAUAUCCUACGACAUCACCUGAAAUUGCAUUGCCUGAACUUGAUGGGAAAACAGCCAAAAUGUAUAGGUAAAAUAUUUGUUGAAGGGUAAUAAUAUAUAAAUAGGAAAUUGUAACAAAAAAAUAAGGUUUAACUAUGAUUUUAUAAAUUAUUGGUUAGUAAUUAAUAUUUAAUAAAGACCAUAAAGAUUAAACAUUUUGUAUGUUUAUGUCUUGGAUGAGGUUGGAAGUGACCAUAAACGGAUCCUCCUCCGAUUUUGUUAACUACCACCAACGCCCGCUUUCAGAAAAGGCACUGGCAGUUUCGGAACGUAAUUUUGGCUCAGUAAAAAACAGAGACUGAAGCCAAGCUGGCAGAGGCCCAUGCAAUAGAGCUAGAAGACCUAAAUGUGGAGGACGAGCUCUUCAUAGGCAAGAUUCUCGAUGGGGCCAGACGAGUAAUUGCAAGAAUAAAUGGAAGCCAAACCUUCAGACCCUACUGGAAUAAAAUUCUGAAGGGGCUGGUCAAGAAAUGAGCAAAGGAAGGUUGCCAAGAAGGAAACACCUGCAGCUAGAGCAGCGUACAACUUCUUGAUGGCCCAAUUUCAUGCCGAAGUCUUUAAAGGGAAAAGUCCAACUGGGUAAAUACGUGUAACCUUGCGGAUAGAUGGAAGGUCUGGCAGUUCUCUGGCAUGGAGAAGCAACGAAAUCUACGUUCCCUCAAAACAGCGGCCGGCACAGAGGCUAGCUGUGCUAAGCGCACCAAAGCACUAAAUAAAAAUUUUUCUUUAGUCAGUCAGCCAGCAAAAAGGCCAGAGAAGAUAAGCAAAGCGACCAACCAUCAAGCUACCGGCCCAUUUCCCUCACCUUGUGCAUGGUAAAAGUAACAGAGCGAAUGGUCAACACACAACUGUAUUGGUUCUUGGAACAAACCAAAAGUAUUACAACCAACCAAGGUGGCUUCCCAAAGGAUUGGCAGCCUAUGGAUCAGGUAAUACAAUUCAUCUUAAGUACUACCAAUGAGCUACAGAUGCUAAAUCAUACAGUCACGGUUUUCUUUGACCUCCAACAGGCUUAUGAUAAAAUCUGGAGGGUAGGUCUACUCUACAAGUUACGAAAGCUCAGAGUAAUAGCUAAUAUCCACAGGUGGAUUCAUUCUUUUCUAUCAAAUCGUAUUAUAUCCACCCGUGUCGGGGACAAGGUUUCGGACAUGUGCGCAAAUGAGGACGGGCUCCCACAGGGGUCAGCCUUGAGCUGUACCCUAUUCUUGGCGUAUGUGUACGACCUACAGUCACAUUCGCUAACAAAGAUCACAAUGUUUGCAGAUGACUUAGUAAUUUGGAGCUCUAGCAAGUCCAUCCAGCAAUUGCAGAGCUGGCUGCAAGUAGAUCUCACCAAGUUACAAGAAUACGAUCGGAAAUGGAGAUUGGUGGUAGAUGCGGAGAUAUCGGUCUAUACAUCGCUUACCGACCGAAGGAAUGCUCUUAAAGAAGAAAUUGAUCUUCACAUCUGUGUAGAGAGUCUGGGCUAGAUACAGGACCUAGCUCUCAGGUUGGUAUGUGGGGCAUUACAUACUACACCCAUGGCUGCUGUGGGAAUACUGUCAGACGUAGAACCAGUCAGGAUCAGGCGGGACAAGGCCAUCUUAACAACAAUGGAGCGUUACCGUUAAAUGUAAAGGACUGAACCCUGUUUCCAGUUACAAGAUUGGUGGGUAAAGUGGACAACGCUUAAAGAGACCCUCCUUUAAGGACACGCUCUGUUCACUUGAGAAUAAGCUCCCUUUACCAGGAAACAGGGAGAAAAUACGCCUGAUCCCAGCGAGAGAUCACCACAAGAUGGAUAGCAACCGCCAGAUGUUUGUCUGCCUCUGGCAAAUGUGGCAGUUACAAAGUCGUGCCCCCCAAAAUGAGCAAAGGAGUCCGCACUUCAGACUAUCGUGUCUUAUAAAGACUCUGUGGUAAAAGUCUUCUCAGACGGCUCCUAUCUCGCCAGCGAGAACAUUGCAGGCUACGGUGGACUUAUACAGUACCCAAAGGGGGUACCUCCAAUAAAGGAGAUUUCAGGCCCUAGUGGUACGAAUAGCACUGCAAUUGACCCAGAGAUCAAAGCCAUAUUAAUGGACUUGAAACAAGUGCACCAUAGACUAUCUAAACGUAAAACAAUUCCAUCAAUCGUAGUGUUCACUGACUCACAGUGUGCUCUUGAAAUUGUGAAGAGGUGCUCUUUGGACACGAAAAUGGCCAAUGCAAUUUAGGAGCUCAUACGAGACAUACAGUCUCAUGGAGGGGAAGUGACCCUCCAAUGGAUCCCAGGACAUGUGGGAAUCCCCCCACAAGAUAGAGCUGACUGUCUUGUAAAACAAAGCUCUACCCAGCCACAACCUAACAGGCCAAUGACCCAACUAGGGAUCAAGGCCUGGAUUCAGGACCCCUUUCUAGAGGAUGGCUAAAGAAUUGGGAGAAAGGAUCAAUAGCCCGGAAACUUUAUCGGAACAUGUGAAAAACAAACCGAAAGGGCUAUGAAUGGCGGCGUCUUAAACGACACCAGCAGAGCCUCAUCAUGCAGAUGAAGACAGAGCUCUGCCCUACCCCUGUCUACCUGAACAGGUCGCACCCACUGCGGCACCUGAGCUGACGUCACUGUGGACAGGUGCCGGAGACUAUAGACGCUAGGGACUGGUGUGACUGGGGUGCUCCCAGCUAACUAUGUUGACAGUCUGAUUGACAGCACAGCCCAACAGAUGAGGCAAACCUGUAACAUACUUGCCGGUGCCAUCAAAGAAUAAUAGCUCAAUGUAAUAAUUCAGUAUGUUUAUUUCUAGCAAUAGUAUUAGUAGUCGAUGGCUGUCUCUCCGGCAGUGCUGACUUGGUGUACUGAGUGCCACAGGGGUCCGUUUUGGGCCCGGUUCUAUUCAUAAUGUAUACCAGGCCACUGCUCCUCUUGCUUGGGAGGCAUGCUGUGGAGAGCCAGUCAUUCGCAGCUAUACAAGCAAGUUGAAGCUUAACGAUGACAAAACGGAAGUACUCCUUAUUUACGAUCACAAAUCAUCCAACGGAAGUACUCCUUAUUCACGAUCACAAAUCAUCCUCUAAUACAGCUCUUCCCACCUCAUUUCAAGUAGGUAACUCCGACAUACAGUUUACAUCCUCUGCUAGCAAUCUCGGUUACAUUCUGUCAAACAACAUGUCUCUCGAUAAUCAUAUCUCUUACAAUUGUCGCUCUGCAUACACCGCUAUCCGUCAAAUCAGCUCCAUUCGCCACUACCUCACAGUUAGUGAAACAAAAACCCUAGUCUAUGCUCUUGUUCUCUCUCGUCUUGACUUUUGCAAUUCUCUUCUAUCAGGUUCACUAAAACACUUCUUAGAAAAAUUACAAGAGGUUCAAAACUCAGCUGCUAGGCUUGUUCUAAAGGCAAAAAAAUGUGAUCAAGUAACUCAAAUACUUUAUUCACUUCAUUGGCUGCCUAUACAAGCACGUAUUGACUACAAACUUUCUGUUCUCUGCCACAACUUUUUCUCGAAUUCUUGCCCUUCCUAUCUUACCGAACUUCUUUCUGUCUAUUCAUCCCUUUGACAGCUUUGCUCCUCCGCAGAUGCACGUAUUCUUUCUGUCCCCAAAACUCGCACAAAAACAUACGGCGAACGAUCUUUCUCUUUCUGUGCCCCUAAACAAUGGAAUUCUCCUCCAUUACACAUCCACAAGAUACCGACCAUCACAGCCUUCAAAACUGCACUUAAAACAAAUUUCUUUAAACUCUACUAUCCUGACUGAUUCCCACCUCUGACGAAAAAACAAUGCAGCUGGGUGUCGUCCAUGGCUUGACAUGGAAAUAGUUUUAUAUAUACAUUUGUUUUGUUUGAUUUAAUUAAUGUAUUUUAAAUAAUUUUUUAAGUUCUUGAUUAUGUUUGUUAAAUUGUUUUUUACAUCAUGGUGAGCCCAGCCCUAGGCUGGUGUACCACACUAUAUAAAACCACUUAUAAUAAUAAUAAUAGUUACAAAGAAAAUAUCAGCUGACACUAUUAGUUUAUCAUUACAGCCAUUCACUCUUCUUGUCUUCAACAACUAGUCCAAUUGUUUUGCUCUAAUUAUUUUGUUUACUUUGAAGAAAUGGAUUGGGACCUUAACUUUAAUUUCUUUCCUAAAAAUUCCACAUUUCUGUCCUAUCUUUACUCAGAAUUGAUCUGUUUUGUUAAACCCUUUAUCUUUUAAUCUUUAUGAUCUUUAUUCCAAGACCUGCUUUCACUUGACAUUUCCAAAUCACUUGACAUUUCCAAAUCACUUACUUGUCUCCCAAUCCCAUAGCAUAAAUGCAUUGUUAGUUUAUUUUAUUCAAAUAUUCAACACUUGCAUAUAAAUUUACAGUUCAUAAAUUGCAUCUUAGUGAAAUAGAGGCUAUCUUGAUGCUCGUUUAAUUGUACAUUUCAGUGAAAAACAUAUUUCAAAACAAACUAAUAAAUCGUCAUAUUUUAAUUUUCAAAUGAGAAAGCUUAGCCCCCGGCCUGUGUGUUGCCAAAUUAUCAAUGAUAGCGUGAGAACAUUUCAAAUCUAAUCACAGAUUUGGAUUUAUUUUUUCAAUUAAGCAUUAAUAGAUCAAAUUCUGAGGUCAAUACUUUUGAUUUCUUAUGAUCAUUUUACACACAUUAUUACCAUAAUACAUAUUUUAUCUUUUACAGAGGGGGCAAAAUUUGCCUGACUGAUCACUUUAAACCACUGUGGGCAAGAAAUGUUCCCAGAUUUGGAAUAGCUCAUGCAAUGGCCCUUGGGGUAAGUGGAUAGCUCAUGCAAUGGCCCUUGGGAUAAGGGGAUAGGUCAUGCAAUGGCAGGUGGGGUAAGUGGAUAGCUCAUGCAAUGGCCCUUGGGGUAAGUGGAUAGUUCAUGCAAUGGCCAUUGGGGUAAGUGGAUAGCUCAUGCAAUGGCCAUUGGGGUAAGUGGAUAGCUCAUGUAAUCGCCCUUGGGGUAAGUGGAUAGCUUAUGUAAUGGCCCUUGGGGUAAGUGGAUAGCUCAUGCAAUGGCCCUUGGGGUAAGUGGAUAGCUCAUGCAAUGGCCAUUGGGGUAAGUGGAUAGCUCAUGCAAUGGUCAUUGGAGUAAGGGGAUAGCUCAUGCAAUGGCCCUUGGAGUAAGUGGUGACAUCAAACCCAAUUUUAUUGUUAAAUCUUUUCAACAUCUUUGUAUAUCUUCCUAAAGAUAAAUAAAACAUAGGGUAGGGGAACAUCCACAGAAAGACAAAGCAAAACAUUUUAUUUUUGCCGCAGUAUUUCCUUGGGAAAUUGAUCAUCCUGAACUUGCAUGAUAUCACAACUAUUAUAUUCAGCCUAGUCUUCUAGAUGUCUCCUUUGUACAUUUCUGUUCCUGCCAAUAUUGUGCAAAUUUUCUAUUACUAGAACUGUGUAUACUGUCGACACUUAUUGCAUUUCCCAUUCAGAACCUGGCUAGCAGUUAGUGUGUGUCAGCUGCCUUUCUACUGCCCAGCAGUUUGUAUGUGUCAGCUGCCUUUCUACUGGCCAGCAGUUUGUGUGUGUCAGCUGCCCUUUUACUGGCCAGCUGUUUGUGUGUCAGCUGCCCUUCCACUGGCCAGCAGUUUGGGUGUGUCAGCUCCCCUUAUUUAUCCUUUUGAAAGUUAUAACUUUGACGGCUAAACAAAAUAGUUUUUUUUAAUUGUAGAAAUGCGAUAUUAUGAAGGAUGUUGUAAAAAAUGUUUGGAUAGAUGUAAUCUUUAUUUCUAUAUCUAUUGGCAACUCUGACAUCACACUCUCUCCCUCUGCCAGAAACCUUGGAGUCACGCUUACGGACACCCUCUCCAUGGACAAACAUGUCACGAAUAUAUGUAGAUCAGCAUAUAACGAAAUUAGAAAAAUCAGCACCAUUAGACACCUCCUCUCCUUUGAUGCCACAAAAACUCUCGUCUCUUCACUCAUUCUUUCAAAAUUUGACUACUGUAACAUUCUUCUCUCAGGCAUUCCUCAACACCACAUAGAAAAACUUCAGAAGGCACAGAACUCAGCAUGCAGACUCAUUUUUAAAUCAAAGAAACAUGACCACAUUCAACCACACAUGCGGCAACUCCACUGGCUUCCAAUAUCCUCUCGCAUCAAAUACAAGUCUUCCAAUCUUUGCUUCAACUCGUUCACUGACCCUCACUUUCCUGUCUAUCUCUCUGAACUGUUGCUUCCUUACAUCCCCACAAGACAACUACGUUCUUCCAUUGACAGUAGAACCCUCUCAAUCCCAAGAACUAAAACUAAGACCAUCGGUGAACGCUCCUUCUGCUUCCAUGGGCCCACGUUCUGGAACCAGCUCCCCUUCCAUAUACGUCAUAGUGAAACCUCGUCCAUUUUCAAAAAGUCCCUUAAAACUCAUCUGUUUAGGUCCGCCUAUGACCUGUGAUGCACCCUCCUUGCCCUACCUCAUUUUCUGUUUCGAGUUGAUCCUGAAGUGUCAAAGUGUCCUCGUUUUAUAGCCAUUUUCAUUGUUUCUAUAAAAUAGUAGUUACUAUCCUAGUGUCUCAUUUGUAUUUACUUAGUUUACAUGUUUUAAUAAUUGUAAAGCGCUUAGAGCUUUAUGAUAAGCGCUAUAUAAAAAUGCCUAAAUAAAUAAAUAAAUAAAAUCUUGAAAUUGUGUAGAAUGGGAUAUGCACGGUUUGGGAGAUUGAGGUGGUCCAAGUAAAAUGUUUGGGAAUUGACAGAGACACAACGUACACAUCCUUAGUCAGACAAGAUAGAGACACAAUGUACACAUCAUUAGUCAGACAAGACAGGGACACAAUGUACACAUCAUUAGUCAGACAAGAUAGAGACACAACAUACACAUCAUUAGUCAGACAAGAUAGAGACACAAUGUACACAUAAUUAGUCAGACAAGACAAACACAGCAUACAGAUCAUUAGUCAGACAAGACAGAGACAUAACAUACACAUCAUUAGUCAGAAGAUGGAUUGACCAAAUCCCCAAACUAUAAAGUAGUAUUAAUAUGAUCAUGAUUAAUAAAAAAAAUGGUCAUAAUUUUAAAACACUUGCAAUAGUUUAGACUAGGCAUGUUUCCAUAGGCAUGUUUCCAUAGGCAUGUUUCCAUAGGCAUGUUUCCAUAGGCAUGUUUCCAUAGGCAUGUUUCCAUAGGCAUGUUUCCAUAGGCAUGUUUCCAUAGGCAUGUUUCCAUAGGCAUGUUUCCAUAGGCAUGUUUCCAUAGGCAUGUUUCCAUAGGCAUGUUUCCAUAGGCAUGUUUCCAUAGGCAUGUUUCCAUAGGCAUGUUUCCAUAGGCAUGUUUCCAAGCACAAUGUAGAAUACUAUCAUUCAUUUCUUUGUAUACAAAGACAAUCAUUGCUAUGUAUGUUUAUUUGAAAUAUGAACGUAUUAUAAAGUCAACUAAUUUUAACAAGUGAUCUAAUUGUCUUCCUCACACAAAGUUUGACAAGUGCCAGGUACUGAGUGUCACAUGAAAUACUGAGUGCAACCUCAAGUGCUGAGGGCCCCAUAAGGAAUUAAUUUUAAUCAAAUAAUGACCCCAACCUUGCUUCAUAGUUGCCUCACAUGGAGUUGCCUCACACAGAGUAAUUUCAUACAGAGUAGCCCCACACAGUGUAGCCCACACAGAGUUGUUCAAUCCCUGUAACAAAAUCUUUGAAUGUCCUGUGAUGAGAAGAGCCUUCCAUUUAAAGUUGGAGGACUUUGUUCUGACCUUCUUCUGAUAUUCUUUUCUACUAUUUAAUUAGGUGUUUAUUUUACACACUCUAACAUGGCUCUGUGAAUUUUUUAAUACAUUGGUGUAUUUCAGGUGGUAUCACAACACCAGUUACCUUUGUUAACACUAACGAUCAUUUUACCAUUCCACACACCUUUGACCUCUUGAAUUAUCUUUGUUCACACUAUGAUUACUCAAUCAUACAUAGUGUUUUUUAAAAACAAACUUUUUUCACCCUUCUGUCCUAUCAUAACUCAGACAUCUGGCUAACAGUGUAUAGGGGCUCACAAAAUUCACAUCAGUUUGUGACUAACAUACAAUGAUUCUUUAAGGCAUCUCUAGGGGGGUGGUGGUGUGCAUUCACUGAUCAGUUUGUGACUAACAUACAAUGAUUCUUUAAGGUCAUUAAUUCACACAAAUUAAAUUAAAUAUAACACAGAUUGGGUGUUUAAUUCAUUUGUUCAAUAAUACAAAAAUUUACUGGUAAAACAUUGUUAAACAUUCUAUUGACCAUUCAGUAAUAACAUCGAUAACAAACCUUUGCAAUUUCGCUAAUCGCUCAAUAAUUUGUCACAUUUUUCAAAACGUUUUUGAAUAACCAUUGGUUUGAUAAUUUAAUUAAACUUUAUUAGUCCUGUAAUGUUUCAUUUAGUUUUGUUGUAAUUCUUAAAUUUCAAAUUGUAUUUGAGAGGCCUAAGCCUGACAUACAGAAAAAAUGUUUGUAUUUUUUCUAUUCCCAUAUGGCAGUGGUGCCAUUGUAUGAGCUGGCCCUGGGGGGUCAUUAUGCUUAAUUUUGAGGCUGGCAGACGAUUCCCCCCUCCCUCCCCCCCUCCCCCCCCCCCGAUCAAAUUGCCAAACAGAAAAAAUGUUUGUAUUUUUUCUAUUCCCUGAUGGCAGUGGUGCCAUUGUAUGAGCUGGCCCUGGGGGGUCAUUAUGCUUAAUUUUGAGGCUGACAGACGAUUCCCCCCUCCCUCCCCCCCUCCCCCCCCCCGAUCAAAUUGCCAGAAGGAAAUAUUCAUUGACUAUUCCUUGAAUCUAAAAAUUAAAAAAUUUUGAUACUUCUUUGUGAUGUGUUUUUUUCACCUAAUUACUGUAAAAAGCUAGUUGAUAAUGUUUUGGAGAUUGACACAAUAGUACUUGUUUUGGUGCUGACAUUAAACACUGCUCAAUGAUCAGUAUGCUAUAUUCAUUUGAAAUUGUCUGAUAGAAACACUGCUCUCUUACCUUGAACCUAAGCAAGAAUCAAUACCUGCUACUAAUCCUUGGUAAUACAAAUACAAAAGCAUGAAUAGGUUUCUGAUUGGCACCCUCUUCUUUAACUCUCCACAGCUUGGACCUUGGUUAGCUGUUGAAAUCCCUGACCUUAUACAAAGGGGAGUAGUCAUACAUAAAGGAAAUGUCAAUGAGUAA